AUGUCUAGCCCUCCUAAAGAAGAGGCUGGGGUGAACACGCCUCCCAAGAACAACAACCUUGAGAAUAUUGCACCCAACACUGAAUCAAUCCUCGAGACCGAUCAGAAGGCAGAAGCCCCAAAUCUACUGAAACAGGAGCAGGAAGUUCCUAACCAAGUGACACUUCUAAACCGAGGACUUGGAACACCCUUGGACGAUGCUGCUCACCAAGAUCCCGACAAAGAGCUGGCACUAAUCAUCGAAGAAACAUUUCGUAUGGUUCAGUCACUCCGGCGCGAGCAGGAGCGAGAACAUCUUGAGCAGUUUGCCAAGGCUCAAGCCUUGCGCGAAUCAAAGCAUGAAGAGAUGAACAAGCUCACAAAGCAUCUUCAGGAAGCCAAGAUGCAGGAGCCUACUGUGGGAACACAGGAAGACGUCAAAGAGGGGAACUAG